UUCACAAGUACAAUCACAUCAAUUUACCAAUGUGUUCUUUAAGAUUUGCUGACAAUAAGUAUAGUAAGAUACAUGCAUCAGAAAUGUACUGGUAAAGUUAUAACAUUUUCUUUGUUUAUACGCGCAACACUUCGUGUAUACAUUAUCAAAAGAGACGAUAUACAACAUUGCGAAUUUGUUUAUACUCCCAGAACUUCAGAAUUAGUAUGCACAUCUAUAAAACACAGUAACUGUUUGUCUACUUGAAUGUCGACAACUUUGGUUUCAAGUAUCCAUUCAUUAUAAGUCAUAAUUCCAGAAAUAUACCUUAAUUUCUUGAACUUUCUUUGCCUUAUCUGUAAUAAACGCUUCUUUUAUUCAGAUUUCAACCAAACCGGAUAUUUUUAUUCAUGAUACAUUAAUUCUUGUAGUCGAAUCAUGGACAUCUUAUACAUUUUGAACAUAGAAUUAAGACGGCUCCGUUAUAUUUCUAUUAUACUCUAAAUAUAGAGUUUUUGCAUGCAUUUCCUAAUAUGGAUUGAUCAAGUAACUGUCAUGACGCAACAACGCAUUAUGACGUCAUUACCAUACCAAUUUGUUUUGUAAAGUUAGCUAUACUUUGUACCGUAUUUCUAGGUAUUGAUAUACUAUAUAUUCUAUAUCAAUGUUGAUAGAUAUCGAUAAGAUGUUAGAAAAUUUUAAUGCCUUUUUCUUCCGCCCUGAACACAUUUCUGAUGCGAUAAAAUUGGUAUUGUACACUGUAAUCCACUUACAUUAUAAUGAUUCUUGACUAAUGGCAUAUUUAGUUUGUAAUAUUUUUUUUGUCAAUUGUUAGAAACAAUGGAAGUAGAUGUAGUAUUUUGAAACAACUUGUUUUUAAAUAAGUUCAGCCCUAACGGGGAAGUAUGCUGUAGUGGAUAUGUAUGGAAUGAAACACAACAUACCUGUACACGUCUGUAUAUAUUAUCAUCCCAGUAACACAUAAUAGCAUAUUCAUAAUGGAAAUUAUAUUCAAUCAUAUUACUCAUGGAUAACGACGGGAUAGAUGAAGGUAAAUUGUAAUGUAGAUGACCACUUUUGAUCAUUUUUAUAAAUAAGCAAUGUUUUUCUGCUUUUCUGUAGGUUGCAUGGAUGGAUUUUACGGUAGGAACUGUACUUUUCGAUGUUCCUACCCAAGCUUUGGCUUGGAUUGUAAAUUAAAAUGUAUCUGUAGCAGUGAAGAAUGUCACCACGCGUACGGAUGCAGGAGAACUCCGUCAUUGGAUAUAACAGAAGCUGCACCGAAAUCUACCAACAUCCACCAUAUGGACAACAUGUUUACCGAAGAGAAGGGAGAUGUAUAUGAAAGUAAAUCUACAUCUUUCAUUGCUGGUAUCAUCAGUCUUCUGAUCGUUGCGGGGCUGUUACUAGUUGUGUACGCAAUGACGUAUCUACAUAAAGUCAAUUGCAUAGUUCAAGGAGAUACAGCGAAAUGCACGGAUGGCUUUUAUGGUAGGAACUGUACUACACCUUGUCCAAAACCAUACUUUGGCUCAGCUUGUCUACUAAAAUGCAUGUGCAGCAGUGAAAACUGUCACCACGUGUAUGGGUGCAAAAGAAUUCCAUCAGAAUGUGCGACUGGGAAGUAUAGCGAAUAUUGUGAGUUAUCUUGCCGUUACCCAAACUAUGGAAAUAGGUGUCAGUUGGUCUGUCCUUGUGAUGAAGCGUUCUGUGAUCCUUCUAGUGGAUGUGAAGGUUGUGUGGAUGGAUUUAACGGUAGGAACUGUACUUUUCCUUGUCAAUACCCAACAUUCGGCUUGAAGUGUUGUUCAACGUGCAACUGCAGCCGCGAGGACUGUCACCACGUGUACGGAUGUAGUCAAUCAGAGGCUGCACCAAAACCUAUCAACAUCUCACACACGGAUGGAAUACAUACAUAAGAGAAAGAAGAAUCUGCACCGAAACCUACCAAUAUCCCUCUUAUGGAUGAAACAGAAGAGAAAAGAGACGCAACCUACAGCCACUGCUGUCAGAGCGAACGUCCCAGAAGAGAUGUUCUAAUCUACAGUACCAUGGCACUAUGCGUGGUUGCAGUUAUUCAGUUUACAGUUUAUAUUUUGGUGUGCUGGAUUGAAAAUGGUCCCUCGAUUGCAAUAAACUAGUAGCGUCAAUAUCUACAUGUCAUUUAAAAGAAUGAAAAUGAAAUAAAGAAAGUCUACC